ACACUCAACAGCUUCUUCUUCUUCAUUCAAUCAAAGCAGUUUACUAUAUUACAUAUAGCAAUUAUCUCCAAAACCAUUUAGGAGAAAGAGAGAGAAGCCAGUCUCUUCUCACAGAUCUCUGACAACUAGCUUAAUUAGGCUGCCAUGGAUCCAUGUUCAUUUGUUCGUAUUGUAGUCAGAAAUUUAUUCCUCAAAUUCCCUUCAUCCACCACCACCACCAUCAUCUCUUCCUCUUUCUUCUGCAAGAUCAAGUUCAACGGUUUUCCUUCACAAAUCGUUUCUCUCCCACUCGACGAUUGCUCUCCCUCCGCGGCCGCCGCCGCCGCUUGCUUCACAUUAACCAGACCUCAGUUCGAUAACCUAUUCUCUAAUUCAUCUAAAUCCUGCUGUUUGAAGGUUGAGGUCUUUUCUUCUUCUCGCAGAGGGUUGUUUUGUUCGAGGAAACUGUUAGGCUCAGUUUCAAUUCCCUUGGAUCUCAAAGGAAAUGAUAAUUCGAUGUCAAGAACAACUGUGAUUCACAACGGCUGUGCCUCGAUUAAUGGAUCAAAAACCUUGUUGAAUCUCAGAGUACAGGCAGACCCAGAUCCCAGAUUCGUUUUUCAAUUUGAGGGACAACCCGAAUGUAGCCCCCAAAUCUUUCAAAUUAAUGAUAAGAUUCGCCAACCUGUAUUCACUUGUAAAUUCGCUCUAAGAAACGCCGCUGAUCGCGACCUCAAAUCAAGAUCAAUUUCAGAGACGACAACCAAAUCAAAGAGGAGGAACUGGCUAAGAUUGAAUUCAUUGAGAAAUCAGGAUCGUAAGAAUCGCCGUAAGGAACAACGUAAGGGAUGGACUAUCACUAUUCAUGACCUCUCAGGUUCACCGGUUGCCGCCGCGUCGAUGGUGACCCCAUUCGUCCCUUCGCCGGGAUCCGAUCGGGUCAACAAGUCCAAUCCAGGAGCCUGGCUUAUUCUACUUCCCGGCGACGGUACUUGGAAGCCAUGGGGCCGGCUUGAGGCUUGGAGAGAGAGCGGGGAUGAUCGGAUCGGGUACCGGUUCGAACUCCUUCCGGACCCAACCAUGACCUCGAUUUCAGAACCAGUAAUUCUUCAUCAGUCCACGAUUAGCACCAAAAGUGGUGGGAAAUUCGCCAUAGACAUUUGCUCAGGGGCGUCGCCGGCGUCGACGCCCGGGAGCAGUUGCGACUUCGGAUCGGGUUAUGGAUCGGGAUCCGAAUCUGGGUCGUGGUUGCAGUUCUUGUACAACGGGUUCGUGAUGUCGUCGACAGUGAAGGGAGAAGGGAAACGGUCGGCGGCGGUGCCGAGAGUGGAGGUGGGAGUGAGGCACGUGACCUGCACGGAGGAUGCAGCAGGAUUCGUGGCUUUAGCUGCGGCGUUGAAUCUCACCGUCGAUACUUGCCGGCCGUUCUCGAAGAAGCUCCGGAAAGAGCUCACGCGCCGGGGGAAUCGCGACCACAUCGUUUGAAUCUGAUAUUUUUUUUUUGCUUUAUUUGUUUAUUUAAUUUAUUUUAUGCAGUGUGUUGUAUUUUUUUAAUAAGAUGCACUGUUAUGUAUCUCACUGUUGAUGUACUGUACAGUUUAUUUGAUUAUUAAAUUCUUUUAUUUGAUUUUAAAUAAAAAAUAUUACAAUAAUUCAAAA